GCCACUUGAAAUUCCCCCAACAAACGCAACGCGUUGGAAUUCCCGAUGAAACUAAUGUAACAGACAAUUAAUUAUGAGUGCAACGCAUGCGCGCUCUGAGCCCUACGCAUGCGCAGUCCCGCACGGUGUCUAGUUACGAGAGUGGCUUUGGGAAUUCCCCAGGAAAACACCUACGCAGCCACACGGCCUUUUCUGCACAAACUGGCCAACAGCAAGCCGCUCACAAGGUGAGCAAUUUGUAGUUUUAUAAUGCUCCGGACAUGGAGGGAAUCUGAGGCUUGUGCGACAGCGCUUGCCGCUGUUGUUUGGGAAUUUGUCCAGAAGGAGCUCAUCUUGUUCCCCUAAAAACAUCAACAACCGUCAGACGGAAUCCAUCUGGAUAGACGCGAAAACGGCGCAACAGAUAGUUGUUUGUCAGGAAAGGCCGUUUCUCUUGUUACAGCUGACAUCAUUUAAACGGCGCAUUCAUAUAUAAAUGGAGGGGACGCAAGAAAUUCACGGUGAAUCCCGGAGACAGAAUGCACGGCCUGGACCGAGCUACGCUAUGGAGAAAAGGGGCGCCGUGGACUCUGUCCCGGAGGACUGGUGUGACAGCGGGCUAGACUCCUUAAGCGGGGUCGGACUCGGUUUUGAGGUUGCCUACAGCACGUACACCGAGGCCGAACAGAUGUGGACACCUGGUCGGUCUGACGUCCCUCCGUCGGACGAGUCCGACAACAGGAGUACCGUGGAUUGUGUGUCGAUUGGCGGCGGAGAGAGGCUCGACUCUGCCAUAGGGGACUCGAUUAAUGAGGAUGCGAUGGUGGGGUGCCUCUCCGACGGGAUCGGCACCAUGAUCCUGGGCGAGCCUGCAGGUUCAGACAGACUGGCGGUUUCAAACACUGAGGGUCGGCAGCGAAGGGAAGAGCUCUUCAACACGCGCAACUUUCUGUCAGAGGACGGUGACACGGUACUUCAUUUGGCGCUAAUUCAUGAGCAGUGGGGUGUUGUUCAGUGCCUGCUUGAAGAAAUUGUGGUGGACAACACCUGGAUUUCUUACCUGGACAUCCAAAAUGACCUGGGUCAGACCGCUCUACAUUUAGCAGUCAUCGUAGACCGGAGUGAGUGUGUUCGGGCACUGUUGUGGACUGGAGCCAGUGCGGAGAUCCAAGAGAGGGGUGGAAACACACCUUUACACCUGGCUGUCAGAGAGCUUCGCACAGAGUGUGUGAGAGAGCUGACCACCUGCUCACGGACCCCACCGGUGCACCUGAACACCACCAAUUAUGCAGGUGUGAGUGCACUGCACCUGGCUGUACAUAGGGGCAAUUGUGAGAUCAUCAAAAUGCUGUUGGAGGCAGGAGCAGAUGUAAAUCAACGGGAUUUGGGGUCAGGUCGGUCUCCAUUGCACUGGGCGGUGGAAAGUCAGAGGUCAGAGGUAGUGGAGUUAUUAUUGAGCACUGGCGCAUUGGUGAAUCAGCGCUCAUAUGCAGGCCACACCCCAUUCUAUUGUGCCCUUUACCGACCCAACAAAGAGGUGCAGGCCCUACUUGGUACCCAUGGGGCCACAUACACACAGGACGAUGAAGAAGAGGAGGAGUACCGUGUGAGUCCAGAGAGUGAGGAGGAGGAGUUUGAUGAUGUCCUCAUAAAUGGACAGCGAGUGCUGUAGCUGCAAAACAUGGACACUACUCUGCCAUUAGACCCUUUGAACUCAAGCUGAACGACUGUGGUGUCUGAUUGUAUUUGGUGGAGGCUAUUGUGUGUGUCUGUGUGUAUUUUGUUUUAAGGUACAGUAUGAUGUCAGUAUGCUGGUUUUGGUUCAGGCUGAUGGGAGUGUGUAGCUAGAUUCUGUUACUCGUGGAGGAUCUAAGUUAUUUAAGCCUGACAUCACGCAAAGCCUUUUAAAGCUAUAACAAUGGAGGCAGCUUUUCAUUUAGUAAAACCUCUCAUUGGCUCAUCUCAUUUAUGUUAUAAUAUAGUGAUAGUUCACCUAAAGAUGAAUAUGCUAUCUUACCCUAAUGGUGGUUCAAGGCUGUAUGACUUUUUCUUCUGAGGAAUAAAAAGAACAUGUCUUAAAAAGUGUGAAAAAAAGUGUUUUAUGUGCACACAUUCAAAUUAGUGGAGUCCAAUGUUGUUUAGGCAAUAUAUCAUACCUUUAGGUAAAAUUUCUUCCACAGAAGAAACAAAGUCAUUUAGUUUUCGAAUGACAAGGGUGAGUAAAUGAUCUUAAUUUUGGGUGAAUUAUCUCUUUAAGAACCAAAUUCCCUAGAAGAUAACAAACAAUGUACAUUGUGAUUUCCACUAGUGAAUAGAUUAAUUAUUUCCACAAUAGUGGCUUUCUUUCUUUUU